UGACGCGCCUGCGCAGCUGCUCGCCCGGCUUCCGGGAGGUGCAGGCGCUAUGGGUCUGAGGGACAGUGUCUUUGAGUAGCGGCGGUGUAGAGGCGUGCGGGCCCAGAGGUCCGGCCCGAGGGCUCAGGACCGGGGUCUUUGGGAGCGGCCGGGGGGCGCAGAGAGAACCUAGGAUCGCUGCCCGCCGCCACCACCAGGCAUGUCGGCCGAGGCCUCGGGCCCGGAGGCGGCCGAGGCCCCGUUCCUGGAAGUCCCUAAGCCCUCAGGUCUCGAACCUGGCUCCGCUGCCUCCGGUCUCAAGCCACUGACCGCGAACAGCAAGUACGUGAAGCUGAACGUGGGCGGCUCGCUGCACUACACGACGCUGCGCACCCUCACGGGACAGGACACCAUGCUCAAGGCCAUGUUCAGCGGCCGCGCGGAGGUGCUCACUGACGCCGGAGGUUGGGUGCUGAUUGACCGGAGCGGCCGCCACUUUGGUACAAUCCUCAACUACCUGCGGGACGGGUCCGUGCCACUGCCUGAGAGUACCAGAGAACUGGGGGAGCUUCUGGGCGAAGCACGCUACUACCUGGUACAGGGACUGAUUGAGGACUGCCAGCUGGCACUGCAGCAAAAAAGGGAGAACCUGUCCCCGCUGUGCCUCAUCCCCACGGUGACAUCUCCCCGGGAGGAGCAGCAGCUCCUGGCCAGCACCUCCAAGCCCGUGGUGAAGCUCCUGCACAACCGCAGUAACAACAAGUACUCCUACACCAGCACUUCAGAUGACAACCUACUUAAGAACAUCGAGCUGUUUGACAAACUGGCCCUGCGCUUCCAUGGGCGGCUGCUUUUCCUCAAGGAUGUUCUGGGGGAUGAGAUCUGCUGCUGGUCUUUCUACGGGCAGGGCCGCAAAAUCGCCGAGGUGUGCUGCACCUCCAUUGUCUAUGCCACGGAGAAGAAGCAGACCAAGGUGGAAUUCCCAGAGGCCCGGAUCUUUGAGGAGACCCUGAACAUCCUGAUCUACGAGACUCCCCGAGGCCCAGACCCAGCCCUCUUGGAGGCCACAGGAGGUGCAGCUGGAGGUGGCGGGGCAGGCCGAGGGGAGGACGAGGAGAACCGAGAGCACCGUGUCCGCAGAAUCCAUGUCCGGCGCCACAUCACCCACGACGAGCGUCCUCACGGCCAACAGAUUGUCUUCAAGGACUGAGCUUUGCCCCAAGUCUUCCUCUGGCCGCUGGGACCCAGUCCGUCUCUCUCUUCCUCCCCUUCCCAGACCUUUGCCCCGGCUCUGCUGGCCAAGUCGUGGGUCCUUCUUCCAUCCCUUCAUUGCAUGGUACAGUUCACUUUGGCCCUUUUCCAUCCAUUCCCACCUCAUUGCUAACCACAGAGUACAUUCCAGCCCCUCCCCUCAGAGGCCUUCAGAAGGCCUACAUUGGUUGCCUCCUCCCCAUCCUUGUCCUGCCCUCUUCCCUCACCAGCUGGUUUAGAAGGAUUUAGAAUUCCCUUUGUCUUUUUUUAGGACAUUGUACACACCAAAGUGUCAAGCCAGCCCUUAAUAACACCCACCACAUUCUGAGCCGCCUCCUCACCAUUGUGCAGGGCAGUUUGCCUCCCUCCUGCUUCCCCAACAUCCUCCCUACCUCCUUAACUUUGUACUAGGUGGGCCUGGGCCUGUACCAGGUCAGCAUCUUCUCAAUUUUUUUCAUAUUAUUUAUUAUUAUAAUUUUCUAUUAAAUUAUUGGAAUAAAGUUGAGUUGAGGGUCUGGUGCUGGCUCCCAGAGAAAGGGCCAGGUAUAUGGCUUGUUAGGGAGGUACCUGGCUAGUUGGAUGGGAGAAGACACAGACCCCUGCCCCCAGCCUUUCCCUGGGCUGGUAGCUGGGAAGAAAGUAGUCAGGAGUUAGGAGAGGAUUUUAAAAUCUAUAUUUCGGUGUUCACUGGCCAGUUCCCACCCUCAGCCCCACCCCACCCCCUGCAAUGGAGAGGUGGUCCUGGCUACCACUCAGGCCAUCCCCGAGCGCAGCAUUUCUCCAGCCCAGAUGUCUGAAGGGAGCACCUUCCUUCAAGGGUCUGGUGCGAAGACAAAGUCGAGGGCCUGGCGUUCGGCCCCAGCCACAUUGGGAUGCCAAAGGUCCACGAUGAAGACCACUCGAGGCCCAUCUUCGGGAGAGCCUAGGGCACGUGGGGAUGGAGACAGCAGAGCAGCUGACAUUAAGUACUUACAAGCCAGAGCACUCACCAAAUACUCAUAAACGCAAACACUUUAUAAAUAAGUGCCAGUGUUCUAAUCCUUUAUGUGUAUUAACUCUUAAUCAUCAGAACAAACUGUGAGGUAGUACCAUAAGUGUUCUCAUUUUAUGCAAAGUAACUGAGGCACAAAGAGGUUAAAUAACUUGCCCAAGGUCACACUGCUAAUGCCAGAGGUAGGACAGGAACCCAGGGGGUCCAGGCCCAGGGUCUCGUGCUAUGAACCACUUUGCUGUGCACUUACAUUAACUUAUUUAAUCCUUGCAGUCACUUGGUAAAAGAAGGCGGUUGCCCUAUCUCACGGGUGAUUGGAGAAAUCAUGUGACUUGUUCAAGGGCAUGCAAUUAGAAAAUGGUGGUGUAGGACAGGAAGCCAGUUGGGCCCGAUUCUGCAGCCUUUAGUCUAUUCCCCUUAACUCUUUAGUCACUCAUCCCUCCUAGCAGAAUGGGAGCCCCAUUACCAUUAUGAGCCACUGUAUGCAGGAAGGAGUCGUCCACCAGUAGACAGUGUCCCUCAGCCCAGCACUGGGGCUCACCCCCGACCACCAGCUCACAGCCAGGGGGGAUCUUCAGGCCUGUAGAAAGAGAUCCGGGCCUCCAACAUUCCUGCCUCCAUCGAAGGGGCCCACCCCAUUCAGUCAAAAAGCAGAUCCGAGAGUCUUAAAUGCUAGGUUCUAUGGUGGUCCCUCCUCGUUCUCUGGAAGGUGACCCACGUAAAAUUACAAUACAGUACUGGAUGAAAGAAAUGCUAGGAGACAGAAAAUGCAGUGCAAAGCACAAUGUAUUCUGUUUCAGAGAAGAGGGAAAGCUUCCUAAAAGAAGCAGCAUCUCCUCUUGGGCUUCUGACAGUUUAACUCAAGAACCUACUGUGUGUUAGGCCCUCUCUCCCCAAAAGGUAUAAAACAUGGCUCCAUCCUGCCAAGGACCACACACUGGGGUGCAGAAAACUGAGGAGCCAACUUAAACGAUGGGGAAGAGGAAGACAUUCCAGAGGAGGUGGGCAUUUGAAAGUGUGAGUCGUGAAGGCUACGUAGGAGUUUUCCAGGAGGUGAUAAGGGGGAAAGACAUUCUAGGCUAAGAGCAUGUGUGUGGCAUCUGCCAGGAUCAGCCAGAAGGCGUUCAUGAUUUAGGGCAUGGUGGGAGAGAAGGGGAAGAAGGGAACAGGUAGGAGAUAAGGAGAAAAGAUCUGGCCUUGCUCCAGAUCUCUUCAAAGCCAGUGUGCUCUGAAGUGUAGAACACAUUCAACUGGUAGCACAGGAGAUGAUUAUAGGCAAAACAAAGUCAUGGCAUUAAACAACAAUCAGAAGACAAGUCUUUUUUUCUCCCCAUUUUCUUUCAUUCUCUAAAACAUUGAAAAGAAAAUCUCAGUUUGGUGCUACCAUAACUUUAACAUCCCCCCUAACACUGCCCUUCUUAUGUUUAUUUUUCCUUUGGGGCCACGUCCUGCGUCUUGUGGGAUCUUAGUUCCCGGACCAGGGAUCGAACCCAGGCCCUCAGCAGUGAAAGCACAGAGUCCUAACCACUGGACCACCAGGCAAUUCCCAACAUUGCUCCUUUUUAAAGGAGGAGAGUAUAGGCUUCAGCCACAGACUAGGAUACUUCGCUAGAAUUUUUAAAGCUUUCUUUUUUUAAGUUUAAACUUAUUUUUAUGAAUAAUUCCUAUUUAGGUCAAGUAAUACUGAUUAUCAUUUUUCUAUAAAGAUUCCUUUUAAAUAAGUAAAACAAAACAUUGAGGGGAGUCAAUAUGAAGAAACAGUACAGGUGGUAAAUGACUAUGGAAAAGCUUAUGAAGAUGGUUUGCAGAUCAUUGAAGCUCAGGAAAUGCUGCUGUGGGCGACAGGGAGUCAAGGAAGAUUUCCGAGAAGAAAGGCAUGAUCAGAGUCACAGUGUAGAAAGCUAUGAUGGCAGAGAAGAGAGUCUGGAGGGGGAAUCGUGGAGGCGAGGAGGCUGUCUGUAAGUAGCAUCCACUUACCCAGGUGGCAUCUGACUCGGGCAUUGGUGGGCCCACAGCGGCCCUCGAGCCGGGCCCCAGGCAGGAGGACGGAAAAGCCAGCAUUGCCGAAGGUGUUGGCACUCAUAAAGCUUCGCAGCCCCCUCAGUGCCCGAUAGGCCCCCGGGCACCGGCGGCAGUUGCUGGGUUGGCACCGGCCUGCUUGGUAUAGCAGGAGCUGGUAGCACCCAGGGGCCAGUGGUGGGGACCAGCCCCGAGGCAGAGGGGUAGUCCCUGAGAAGUCCCAGCUCACAGCCCCGAAGUCCCUCAAAAUGGCAGGGAAGCUGCUCUCCAGGAGCUCCACAUCAUGCCGCUGGGCAUCCCGUGGCACGAAGGGGGCUGAGGGCAGGUCUGGCAGGAAAAGUAGGCCUGGGCGCUGAAUGCCCAGGACCCCUGGCCCUCCCCCAGGGCCUGGGCUACCCUGAGCCGCCCGCCUCAUCCUACCCAUCCCUGCCCAAGAGUAGCGCCUGGCGUAGGCCCGAAGGCGACGGCUCACUAGGCCUUCUGUCCUAGGUCCUUCCACAGACUCCCCAGAGCUCCGUGGGCUUGGUCUGCCAGCCUCAGAGCACCCUCCAGGCCUACCACUGACAGCCCCAGCCCGACUCCCAGCCCCUAGGGCCUGCAUAUCUUGGGAGCCCAGGCGGUAGCAGUACCAGAGGAAGAGGGAAGUGAGAGCUCCAAGGAGCAGGGUAAGGGCAGAUGAGGCCAGAGGCAAUGGCCAUGCAGGCAUGAUGGGCAGGGAGGCCCUGGCCAAGAGGCCUGGGGCAUCUUCCAGACCCCAGUUCCCUUGUCCCCCCAGUUCUCCACCGGUUCCUUCCAUGGCUGCUCCCUGGUUACACCCUGGGCUGUUUCCCUUCCACAUUCCUACUCUUGGUUCUCUCUCCUUCCGAGGUCCUCUCUCCACCCUUGUACCUCCUGCUUUCUCGCUUCCUUCAUGCACCUCUAACUCUCCUUCCCUUCCUCUCCUUCUGCCUCUCCUCUCUCCUCUACUUCUUUCUCCUUCCAACUCUCUCCUCCUCCUCUUUCACCUCUUUCCUCCUCUUCUUUCUCCUUAGGGCAGUUUCCUCUCUCUCCAGUUUCCUGCCUCUCCCGUCAGUCUCUCCUUUCCCCACCCUCUGUCUCCCCGUCUCCUUUCUUCUCUCCUCCCUCCACCACCGCUCCCCCCCCCCCGCCCCUCUUUUCGCUCUCUCUUUCCCUCCCCGCUCUGCCUUUCCUUCUAGCUUCCCCGGACAGCAGUUCCUACCUACCCCACCUGGACCCGCAGCCCUGGGAACCGCAACCAGCAGUCCUCUGCAGCGACUUCUCUCUCCUUCCUCCCCCUCUCUCCUUCCUGCCCUCGCUUCUCUCUCGACCCGACCCACGGGUUCUCUCGCUCUCUCUCCCCCCUCCCCCACUCGCUCCUUCCUUGUCCCCCACUCACCCUGACGUCACCCUCCCCACAGUCCUCUCAGCUUAGCUACCCCCGCCCUCGCCCAGUGGCCACCGCAACUCAGCCGGGUUGGGGGUGUCGUCUCCGGAUUUGCCUCCCCCGGCCCCGACGGGGCGCCACGUGGGGCUCAGGGGGCACAGCGCCAACCUCCAGCGCCCCGCAAUGCGAAACGAAAGGGCGGGGCCUGAGAGGGGCGUGGCAAGUAAGGGGCGGGGCGAGCGCGCGAACUGAUGGACAAGACCGGCGCUCGCAGGCUGCGGACAGGGACGCUGCGGCCGGUCCGUGGGUCAGCCGAUCCUUCGACCCGUCGGCCUGUGACUCCACCUCCCCCAGUCGCCUUCACAAGAGCCAGCCCCCGGCGGGAGCCCGAUUGAUAAUGAAGGCGGCUUCAGCCAAUCGCCUGCAGCGCCGCGGGCCGGGCCAUCUCAGGCGGGGCCGAGAAGAGCUGUCCUUUCUGGUGGUGCUGAAAAGGGCUCUCCAGCGGUCUUGCGAGAUGAGACCAGGAGAAAAAAAUUAAAGUUGAAGCCGCCAGGCAGCUGGCUGGGGUCAUGUUGUACGUAAAAGGAGGGAUCUCCCCUCCCCAGAUCCUGGCCUGUCACCCCUUAGACUUCUCACAAACGUAGGAACUUGUCAUUCUUCUGGAGGAGGAGGUAGCGCAUUCCACAUGAGCUUCUCUGAAAGGGUCUGGAAGAGGGCCGGGGGCAUAUUGGGGGCGCUGAGCAAGCGCAAACCCAGCUAUGCUGCCCCUCAACACCCUGGGAAGAGAACAUUCAGUUUCCAAAUGUGCUGGAAUGGUUGGGGGAGGGGUCAUAAUUACUGCUGGGACCAGAGUUGCCUUCGCUUCCCCUAGGGGCCGUGGGAGUGAGGAUUACGACCCUGGCUCAUGUGGUCCCUCCUUCUUCCAUCUGCACUUCCUCCUCCUCCCUCCCCCCACAGCCCCCAAAUAAAUCCCAAGCCCCUCCCUUCGCCCGUCCCCAGGAUCUGACGUGGGCUCGACACCUUUCUCAGCUCUCCCUCCCGCAGCUCCAGUGCCCGAGCCUCGGCUCUCCAGGUUCUGCAACCCCCUCCUCUCCCCGCCAAGCCCCACUAGAGCACAGUAGGGACCCUCCCUAUCCUCGACCCCACCCUAGGUCCCCGGAAGCUGUUUUGCCUCGACCCACUCCCCCAGCUUAGAAUCCAGCCAGCCUGGCGGACCCAGGUGCCUGAGCCAGAGGGUAACCCAGGCGACCCAGCUCCUUCGCCCUUCUUGGCCCCACCCGCUGCAGCCGGAGCCGCGCCCCCUCUCCCGCAGACAGGAGAGCAGAGGACAGAGGAGACUGGCCAAAGAGGGGUGGGCUCCAGGAGACCCCCAGCCCAGUUCUGCCCCUCCGUCCCAAAGGCAGAGACAUUGUCUCCCUUGCUAACUGCCAGUAGGAAAAAAAAAAAAAAUUAAUAGGAAAGAUAAAAGAA